AUGUUUCCAGCUACUUGGCUUAGGGAUCUCGAGAGGAUCUUUGAAGUAUUACCAUGUAAUGAUCUCGAGAAGAUCCGGUGUGCUACUUUUCAACUCCGAGGUGACGCUGAUAUAUGGUGGCGUUCCUCGAAAGAUCAUUUUUGGGCAAGAUAUCCCAAUGCUACUUGGAAUCAAUUUAAGGAAGCUUUUCUCAAGAAUUACUUUCCAAGAAAUUUUCGAGAAAAGAAGGAGAUUGAAUUCAUGAACCUCAGCCAAGGAUCCAAAUCAGUCUUUGAAUACCAACAACUUUUUGAGGAAGGAUUUAGAGCCUGUCUGAGCACUGCAGUGGUGUUGCACAAGUAUCCCACCUAUGCUGAAGUGGUUGAAGCUGCUAAACUGAUAGAAGACCAACAGAGAGCGAAUUAUCAGGCCAUCCAAGUAGGCAAGAGGCCGGUAUCAUCUCAUGACCCUAAGGGACCUAGCAAGUUUCAAAGAAGAGGAUCUUAUACCAAUGCGACCCCAAUUCAAUUCCGCAGGCCUGAUUCAACUCAAGUGCCUAAAUCUGAACCUGCAUCUCACUAUGUAGCACAGACUCUCAUAUGUUACAACUGCAAGGAGUCUGGGCAUAUGGCCAAGGAUUGUCCUCAAUCACGACAAUCGGGUUCAUGGCUGGUAGCGACUUCCAAACCAUCCCUAGCAAGGGUUGCUGUUCGUCCACUUGCUCCUGCUCCAGUGAGGAAGACUCAGGGACGAGUCUAUUCUGUCACCCAUAAGGAAGCUCAGGUUGACCCCAGUGUUAUCACAGGCAUGAUUUCUGUGUGCUCCUUACCUGCUUAUGUGUUAUUUGAUUCGGGGGCGUCACACUCCUUUAUAUCCCUCUCCUUUGCUGAGAAGUUACCUUUUGAACCGGUUAGUACGCCGACUGGAAGCAAAGUUGAGCUGGAUCGAUCUUUUCACUUUUACCCUAUUCGAGUGAGCGACCAUGGACUCGAAGCCAGUUUAAUUAUCUUAGACAUGAAAGAUUUUGAUGUGAUUCUGGGAAUGGACUGGUUAUCCACGCAUGGGGCUAGUUUGAUUUGUGCAGAAAGGAAGAUACUUUUCAGGGCAGGAGAGGAAAAUGAGUUUAUGUUUAAGGGUAAUAAAAGUAAGAAACCCAAUAACCCAAUCAUAUCAGCUCUCCAGGUCCAGAAAGUCUUAGCCCAAGGUUGUCAAUGUUGCCUAGACUCAGUAGUGGACUUUGAAGCAAAGGUUACACCGAUGGAAGAAAUAAGAGUGGUAAGGGAUUUCCCUGAUGUCUUUCCAGAAGACCUUACACGCUUACCACCGGAUCGAGAGAUAGAAUUUAUGAUCGAUCUAAUACCCGGUGCUGCUCCAGUGUCUAAAGCAAGUACAGAACGGCCUCAUCUGAACUAA